AUGAAGCUCUCGACGGCGCUCGUUCUCGGCGCGACCGCCACUGGUGCCUGGUCGUACGCGAUUCCACAGCUAGAGCAAGAGGUGCUGGAGCUCCCAGAAACUCACUACGAGCAGCAAGAGAAGUAUCUCAUUGAGUUGUCACCAUACCAGACGAGAUGGGUAACGGAGGAGGAGAAAUGGGCUCUGAAACUCGACGGGGUGAAUUUCAUCGAUAUUACGGAGGAUCGUAACUACGGACUAUUUCCAACAUUAGACGCUGGCAGCUACGUCAAUUAUCCGCAAAAGAUGGGAUAUGUUGACACCGUUAAGGGGCUCAUCGCGGGGUUAUCGAUGGACAAUAUGCGUAAGGACCUGGAGAACUUUACGUCCUUCCACACGAGAUACUACAAAUCGUCGUCCGGCGUGGAAUCUGCUCAGUGGCUAUAUGAUCAGGUGUCCAAGGUGGUCCGCGACUCGGGAGCCGACAAAUUCGGCGCGACGGUUCAGAAAUUCGAUCAUUCUUGGGGUCAGUUCAGUAUCAUCGCACGUAUCCCUGGUCUGUCGAAAAAGACUGUUGUCCUGGGUGCUCACCAAGACAGCAUCAACCUAUUCCUUCCGUCUUUUCUAGGCGCUCCAGGCGCCGACGACGAUGGUAGUGGGACCGUCACCAUUCUGGAGGCUCUGCGUGGCUUGCUGAAAUCUGAUAUCGUUGCACACGGCCAAUCGCCAAACACAAUCGAGUUCCAUUGGUACUCUGCGGAAGAGGGUGGAAUGCUCGGCUCGCAGGCCAUUUUCUCCAAGUACAAGAAGAACCAGGCGGAUGUCAAAGCCAUGCUCCAGCAGGAUAUGACUGGUUAUGUUCAAGGAACCAAACAUGCUGGUCAGAAAGAGUCUAUUGGAGUCAUGACUGACUUUGUUGACCCCGCACUCACAUCUUUCCUUAAGAAUACCAUCGUCACCUAUUGCGCCAUCCCCUUUGUUGAGACCAAGUGUGGAUACGCCUGCUCUGACCACACCUCAGCAAGCAAGUACGGAUACCCGUCUGCCAUGGCGACGGAAUCCACGAUGGAAAACAGUAACAAGCAUAUCCACACCACUGACGACAAGAUCAGCUAUUUGAGCUUCGAUCACAUGCUGGAACAUGCUAAGCUCACGCUCGGAUUUGCAUAUGAGCUUGCUUUUGCUGCGCUUUGA